UCUAUUGCCAACAACCAAGUCGUUCGUAUGUAUUGGUUUGCACGCAUGUACUCUUUGCGUGUUCUCAACCUUCCCAACAACUGCAUUGUCCAAAUUGAGGGUAUGCGGGAACUAAUCCAUCUUGUACACCUGAAUUUGGCUGGAAAUAAGCUAAAGAGUAUUGAGGGCCUAACCAAUAACCGAACCUUAGAGCACCUCAACCUGUCAGGAAAUGCUAUAACUCAUGUCAAUGACCUUUCCAUGCUGAAGAGUCUAAAAGAGCUCUUCCUUCACCGCAAUCGCAUCACAACACUUUACCGAUGCAACAAGUACCUGCCAUCUAGUCUCAUCAUCCUCACUCUGUCUGACAAUGCUCUGGCUGAUCUUAAUGACCUGUCAAAUUUGUCUCACCUGAAUCUUCUGGAGCAAGUCACCAUUCUCAAUAAUCCUUGCCUUGACCCUAUCCAGCCAACAGAUGAAUCAGGAGCCCCAAUUGGGCCCCCUCUUGGCUUUGAUUAUAGACCUUAUGUCAUCAACUGGUGCCUUAAUUUAAAGGUUCUAGAUGGAUACAAGGUGACACCAAAAGAAAGCUUGAAAGCAGAGUGGCUGUACUCACAGGGAAAAGGGCGUGGGUUCCAGGUUGGAGAGCAUGCAGCACUUGUCCACUACCUCUCAGGUGUAUGUCUGGCUGGAGGGGGCUGGGGAGGAGCCGACCUCCCAGAUGAUGAUGACAAGUUGGCUAAGAUUCUCCAACUGGCUAAGCAGCAUCAACAUGACCUACGACAUGCAGUUAAUGGACAGGAUAACAGCGAGUCAUCCAGUGGCCGAGGUAGCCGGUGCAGCAGCCACCAUGACUCUCCUGCCAUGCACAGACGCAGUGUCUCCAGGUCGACCUCCCUUAGACGAAACACGGCCCCAUCUCGCCCUGCCCCAGUGCGUGAGUGCCACCGCCGCACCCACUCUCACUCUGCUGCCACAAGGAGUGACUCAGGCUCACGUUCCCAGCAGAGCCAGUCAUAUCAUGUAGAGCUGUCGAACACACUGUAUGGGGGAGACCUGCGCACACCUGACACCCCAAGCCUUAUGACGCAGAGCAUGGACCCAGCUAUCCUGUCGCAGUUGGCUGGUAGUGGCCCCAGAGGGCAAGUGGACCCAAUGUCACUGAGCCUAGGGGCAGAGCAGAUGUCUCGAUCAUUGGGCAUAGAUCCCAUGUCCCGGUCAAUGGGUGAAGAGGAGAUGAAGCGUUGCCUGGAGUUGGACCCUAUGACACAGAGCCAGGGCCCAGAGCAGCUAGCUCGAAGCUUGGCACAACCUGAGCCCUGUGGUGGACUGAUGACACGCAGCUUGGAUCUAGGCCCGAUGACCAAUGGGGAGGCAGAGGUGUGGGGUGAGCGCACAUUACUACCACCCACUGGCCACCCCAGGCCUACCAGCCUCUUUGGGGAUGAGAAGGACCUGGUGCUGGAGGAUGUGACAGCCCAAGAGAGCAGUAGCCAGCUCGUGGGUUCAACAAAGUUUGUCCCAGCUCCUGAGAGCAUCAUGAGUCCUGAGUACCAGGCAGCUGUAGCUUCUGCACGCUCUGCACAGGGUCAUGGGGCCUCUAGUCAGUGUUCUUCCUCCUCUCGUGCGCAACACAGUUCAAGUGCCAUUGUCCGCUCAAACUCUGCCUCCAGAUCCCAGCGCCCUCCUCCGUCCGCAAGGCCUAUGUCAGCUCCUCAAGCUUCCCCAAGACAAACAGCAGUGCGGUCAUCAUCAGUUACUAGGCCUCGAGCCUCACCCAUGAAAAGUCCAGCCACAGUUGAUCUCAUACGGGGCUCCCCUUCCCGCCCCUCCCAGCGUCCUGCAAGUGGCUCCUCCUCCUCAACUGCUGCAUCAGGACUCUCCACACUACCUAGACCAAAGCCUUCUCCCCGACUCUCACCCAGAUAUGCACGCUCUGGCUCAGUGGAACCCUCACCAAGGCGCCAAGGGUCCCAGAAGAGCAAAUUUCCCAUCCCCCAAAACCAUGGCUACUCAGACGCGGAUUCCGACAACACAGACUCGGAGAUGUCUCUGUCGAAGUUGCAGACAAUCAAGAGCAUUGCAGCAGAGAGAAAGCAGAGUGAAAAGCGGACUCGGGCCCAAAACCGGUCCUCCUCAUCACCUGUUAUGCCCAGAAAAAAUAAAAAGGGGGGGGCGGCCAUCAGGGGCUCCACCAAUGGCCGUCGUAGGUCAAGCAACAGCAGUAGUGGAAGUAGCACAGCAACCUCAGACAUGAACAAAACACAAGCAGCCAUAACGCUGCAGAAGCACUGGAGAGGUUACCAGACAAGGAACAAUGAUCCCAAGGCAGCUAAGAUUAGAGAUGACAUCAGACAUUCCAGGGCUGAACAACACAUCAAACACUUGACAGAGAAACUGCGCAGCACAGAGGAGGCCCUUGAGCGUGAAAGACGGCUACGGCACAUGCAAUUAGAUGCCAUCCGCACUCUCUGGAGAGAAAUCCAGAAGCUGCAGGUCAAUAAGCGUGAUGGUGUGAAUACCCCAUCCACCCCCAUGACCCCUCUUACCCCCCUCACACCUUUAGAUGCCAAGGAGGGAGCUACAGGUGGUCCCAAGAAGUACUCUGAAGAGAGUGUCAAAGAGCUUACACAGUUCUGCCAGUCAUUGCAGGGCCAGGUGGGGCAGCUCCAGGAGUCACUGACAAUGGUCACUCAGGUAAUGAAUGCCUUCUGCAACCUUCCUGGGUCACAGUCACUUCUGACAAUGUCACAGUCAAGUGGGUCUGGCCAUGAGCGGUCACCAGGCGGAGCAGAUUCACCCAAUUCCCAAAGUGCAGGAGCUCCCACAGCCCCCCUCAGUGAAUCAGUCACAUCCUUGACACACUCCAUCCGUGCACUUACCACCUCCAUUGUCAAGUCCCCUUCAGCACAUGUGGAGAGAAGAGUGUCAGGUGAAGGCCUUAUGGAAACAUGUGGGGAAAGCAGUGGCAGAGAAGGUAGUAGAAGGACCAGCUGUGAGGGUGGCAAUUGCAGUGAUGGCUCUGACGGUACCCCAGUUGCUUGCCAGAAGCAGCCCAGCCACCUCGACCAUCUGAAAAACACUGAGAUGGUUAAUUCAGUCACAUCGUUGGCUUCAGGUGACCUCAACUCAACUGCUUUGGAUGCCUCCACACUUUCUGUAGAUUCAGCAGAAGGAGGUGAGGCAGAUGCAACAGGACGUGAUGAGGCAGAACUCUCUGAAUCCAGUCAGUCUUCUCUCUCGGGGAGUCUCUCGGGAAGCCACUCUGGCAACCAGUCAGGGGGCUCAGCCAGACAGGCAGCUACACAGGGGCCUCCAAGACCCUCCUCCCUCCCAGUCCCACGCCCUCACACACCACGCAGCACUGCCUCCUGACCCCUGGGCCCCCCACCUGUACUUGCCCUCCCUCCCUCCCUGUAUCCCACCUUGAGACCAGCCCCUCGUGUCAUCCAACACUAUGCCACCACUCUCUUGUCCUCAGUGCUCACUGGCCUCACUCUGCCUGCUGGAAACAAACUUCAGUGAACUAGCAAGGAAGGGACUCGCAAGAAAACUAAGACAAACAAGGAAUCAUCAGGGUUGGGGUGUUAACAAAAAAGUCAUGAUCUCAUGGAAUCUCACUGAAUGGCUGCUUGUGUUGUUGAAGCCACUGACACAAGGAAAGAAUCUUUUUAUAAUGCCAAAUGUCCUCUAGUCUAAAUUUAGAUGUAUUUUAUCAUUGUCCCACAAUAAAAGGAAAAAAAUAAUAGUGAAUAGUCAUCUUUAGACAUCAAAGAAGUUGCUGGAAGGACUAUAAAAUGUACAGAACUUAGAAGAAAAAGGAUGCUGAAGUGAUAUGUCAUUUAGGUUAAUGUUUUCAUUUCUCUUUCCCAACAUUUAUAAGUAAGUUCAAAGCAAAAUAAAAAGGCUUGUGCUUAGGUUUAGUCAGUUUAGUUGUCAAUGAACAUUUAUGUUGAAUAUGUUACUUUUUUCUCUUUUAUUAUUCUGAAUAUCAUUGUACAAAGUUUUUUUUUAUCUAAAAUUAUCCCAUGUAGUGCAGAUGUACCAGGGUUAAUCACAACAGUAAUAAGCAUACUUACCUUUUCCUUAUGUAGGUAUGAUAGUUUGAUAACCAAGAGGAGGCUUAGUUUCUGUAUAGAUCUAUUGUCCUUUGUAAUUUUUCUCGCUUUUCAGUAUGAGCUUAUCUCUCAACAACUUAACU